CUUCACUUGCUUCAGCCCGAAAACCAGCUAAUCGAGAGCAACCCACAUUGUGAAAAUGGUGCAGUGGCUGGUCUACCGGUCAAGGCAUAGCUAUGCCACUAAGUCUAAUCAGAAUCGGGUCGUCAAAACACCUGGUGGGAAGCUUGUGUACCAGAACACAAAGAAGAGGGCUAGUGGUCCUAAGUGCCCUGUAACCGGAAAGAGAAUUCAAGGGAUUCCUCACUUGAGACCUGCUGAAUACAAGAGGUCAAGAUUGCCCAGAUGCCGUAGCACUGUAAACCGUGCCUAUGGUGGAGUGCUUUCGGGCAGUGCUGUUCGUGAAAGGAUCACAAAAGCCUUUUUGGUUGAAAAACAAAAGAUUGUGAAAAAGGUUUUGAAGAUUCAGAAAGCCAAAGAAAAGCAGGCUUCUAAAGCAUAAGUUCUGGGUUAGUUUGUGCAAGAUAUGAUAUGCUUCUAGAUUGAUUUUGGAUUAUAUCUU